AUGUUGGCGCAUCAACAGCAGCUCGAGGCCGCACAGGACGAAAUUGCGCAGAAUCAUCCUAGUCAGCGUGGAGGAAGUAGGUGCUCGUGUUUGUAUCAUUUCAGGACUUUCUGGCGUGAACUGCGACCGCGCUUCGGUGCGCGACCCAGUGGCGGUCGAGCAGAUACUGGGAUCCACACGAAUGGCAACAUCCAGUUGUCGACGCAAAGUCAUCCUCAUCGUGGCGCGGAAAGGGUCUCCGAUGUCCGAAACGUGACUAAUACGGUGACAACGCGUUCUUGUGUUGUAUCGUCUUCCGAGCGAGAGGGGCAGCACUAUCGGGAUGCUAGUAUUGCUGAAAAUCAUCAAAGUGCAUCUAAUAUAUCUGAUCAGCGCUCGCCUGGGGCCGCUAGUGUUUCCUCUUCUGCAGCAACUGCGCCUGUUUCUAUGCGCAAUUUCCGCCGAGAUUUCGUCUUGCGCCUGCAGCUUGCCCGCGAUAGAGGGCCAGAAGAAGAGAAGGAAGAAAGCGGUGUGGUGAUGAGUAAUGCUAAUGACCAGAUGGCGCUUUUAGCCCCUGUCACUUCUCCUGCCUCCUCCACAAGCCGAUGCACGGGGACAAAUGGUGGGGAAGAAGACGACGAAGUUGGCGAAAACAAGAGCUGCAGCUCCUCAUCCUCGAUCUUGGGCCAAAGUACGACUGCCGCGACCAGUCAGUGGUCCUUUUCCGAAGGCAGUUCGCAGGGCUGUGUCGACGACGAUUCGUUUCUAAUCCAUACGAACAGGGAAUGCAGCUCAAGCCAGACGCCUGCGCUCAAGCCUAGGGGUUUAGCGCCUGCAGUUACAGUAGCACUCCCUAGCUCAGACCGAAAACUGGUCCAGGAAAAGACGACGAGCAGUGCUUGCCGAAAAAAAUCGAUUGGUGACAUCUCCUCCCACAGCGGCGUUCUGUCGUCCUGGAGCGAAUCUAAACAUAGUAGAACUUCCGGUGGAGCACCAGGUGCUCCCGUAAUUUCCGAGAAUCAAUUUACAUCUUCUCAAGCAGUGCCGUUAUCGAGGAGUGCCGCGACUUGCAAAGUCCGGGGCCAUAAUUCUGUCGCUUCGUCUCGGGCUGUUGCGGCACGAAAAACCCGUCGAGAACCUUAACACACAGAAACCAGGAGGCGCCCCGCUGGAUGCGUUCUAUUUCUUCCGUCGUUUUCUGGCCUCGAGUAAAAUGGCGACCAUGCUGCAACUAAAACCGAGCAGUAAGCUGGAUCGAUCUCUCUUCAAUACACUAAAACCUACGCCUUCCAUCUCCCUCAACGCCGGUUUCGUUUUUUUCCCUUUCCCUUGAAUACGAUAUGCUUAUGCAGAAUGGAUAUCGUAGUAGUAGUUUUACUAAAACUAUGAUAUAUCCUCCACUAAAACGGGAGACAAACGACCUUUAGUGGCUAAGCCACUAAAGGUCGUUUGUCUCCCGUUCCGUGAGCGCGUUUUUCUUUUUCACUAGCAAGAAAUCUCGAGCCGGCACAGCUGGUGCCCUAAGUACUCCUGUGGUGAUGGAUUUCCGGCUGGAGACUGAAACGUCAUUCAUAGGCCCCCCGCCGGGGAUUUCUAGAUUUGCUUGAGGCCUCCCGCCGGGCGGCGCCCCCUCAGCUAUGUACUAUCGAGCUUCAGGAUUGGACAGGGUUGCUCCCCAUGUGCCUGUAGUCAGUAUAUUGGGCUGCAAACGUUGAAAAAAAAGCUAUGCAAAGACAAAGCGUCGGGCUCGUCCAACAUUCGGACAUUUUUUGGCGAGAGGUCGUCUGCGUGAUCAUCGUUAUUUUUAAAUGACUCGGGCUCGCUUUUAACGAUUCGCGGAGAUGACGCGACGUUGUGUGGAUUGGGGUUCGCCGGCGUCGCCCAUGCAGCAUAGCUGCCGCAGGCAUCACAUCACAAGCACAACGCCCCACCCUCGCUCAAGUAGAAAAAGGAAAGCGACCGACGCAAAAGGAAAAGCGUUAAAGCGGUGACCUUCAGCGUUAGUAGCAUGCCACGCCAAUGGAAAUUUUUUUUUGGAAUUUCUUAGACCUAGAGUGACUCGACUCAACGCACCACAAAAAAAUACGAACUACAACUAGGCACACGUAUGAUAAUUAAACUUAAACGCAAAGACAAACACAGUUGCAGCAUUGAAAAAUCAUACACCUCCACUGGCACUGCUUCAGUAAAAGAGGCCGGAGUGGUAAGAAAUUGUAGUUCUCUUUUUACUCGAGGCCGCUCCUUGGUAAAAAUCUCUGCUGCGGCGGUGUUCGGUUCCGAGCACUGUGACGCCACACGCGCGGCCGGAGGAUUUUAUCGUCCUCCGCCAGGUCGGCAAGGGAAGCUUCGGCGAAGUGUAUCUUGUUCAAGAGAAGCGCGAGCGAGCGGGGGAUAUUACCAGGAUUCCAGCAGCCUCCAGAGCCAGCAACUCGAGCUCCAACUGCGCGUUGCCUAGCAGUUCGUCUUCAGCACUUCGGCCUCGAUAUUUCGCCAUGAAAGUACUGACGAAAGAGCGAAUCUGCCGACGAGGGUUGCUUCGCUACGCGAUAACAGAGCGCAAUGUGCUGUCCUUUGUGACAAACCACCCUUUCAUAUCCAGGAAAGAACACCCAUCCCCAUCCAUUUUUUGCAUGACAAAUAGUGGAUUUUACGCAUGUUUUGCAUGACAAAUUGGAUGGGGAUGGGUGUUUUUUCGUGGAUAUUUCAUCAUUCAGCUCCAUUACGCUUUUCAAACUCCGACAAAGUUGGUGCUCUGCUUGGAGUACUGUAACGGGGGCAACAUGCAGCACUUACUGCAGAAGCUAAAGCGGUUCCCGGAGUGUCUCGCCCGUAUCUACACGGCGCAGCAGCUAUUGGCGCUCGAAUUCCUGCACGAGCGCAACAUCCUUUAUCGCGACAUGAAGCCGGAAAAUAUUGUUCUGGAUGCGCGUGGACACAGUUACCUGACGGAUUUCGGACUCAGUCUGCAAUUGAAUUACACAACCGGGUCGUCUUAUUUGGCUGCCGCGGCAGCGGACGCUGAAGCGAUCCACGUUCCGGCAGUUAAGGCUGAUGGCGCAGCCUUCUCGUCCGGGGGCCGCGGUCAUGAUUUUCACAGCUCUCCGACAUCUGAAUGGCAUUCCCAAGCCCCCUCGCCGGCCGACUCUACUUCGACGCUCCCCUCCCCAACUAUGAAAGCGUCAGGCUUGAAAUCGACGGGGUUGAAACAAUUUGCGACGCAUAGCAUCGCCGCCGCUUCGACUUCUUUGGCCCCCAAACCAAUAUGUAAGCGGCGCGUGACAAAUUUUGCGAACAUCCCAAUCCGACUGAGCGUGGGCAUGCUGAUUGGUGCAAAUGUGGUUGCUCAUGGCAUGCCCUGUAGUAACCAGCCAGAUUCUUGCGCCUAGCUUACAAUCGUCUUCAUCGUCAUCUGCUUGCUCUCCUAUUCGCGUAUUCUGUCCAGCCUAGCACUUCGCGCAUGACAGAUAGAUACUUUCAAGUUUGUCGAGAUCACAGAUGGCGCUUCCAUACUAGCCGCGACAUCGACUCCAGUCGCAACAAGUGUGGAAGACGAGCAAUUGUUGCCCACGCGCACCACGACCACAAAUGGAGUUGCAAACGCGCCGUCUGCACGACCACCAGCGACCGUACAAGCAGUGCAGUGUGGUCAGCCGCUGGCGCUGCCACAGGAGCAGAAGAUCUCACAGCCGCAGGAAAAACGCGAAAAGCAAUCAGCGCAAAAAGGAACUACGACCUCGAAGAAGCAACUUGGCGAAAGCUUCUGCGGCUCCGUGGCAUACCUCGCACCGGAAAUGCUGCAGCGCCGGGGGCACGGACACACACUCGAUACUUAUGGACUCGGGGUCCUACUGUUCGAGAUGCUGUCUGGCACGCCCCCCUUUUACACUUAUGGGGUUCUCAAACGUUACAUUCUCAACUGUUACUGUCAUGCAAAAUGACCAUGAGCCACCAAACAAUGAAGCUGCUUCGCAUGACAAAUUCUCGGAGGGCUAAAUAGCACUAGAAUCUGCACCAAAACUGUAAUGCACGACGCGCAAGGUUCUCCCUCUGACCCAUGCUAUUCUUGCAUUGCAAAUUCAUGUAACAGUCGAGAAUGUAACAUUUGAGAACGCCAUAACACUCGGGACCGACGUCGGCUGUUUCGAAACAUCCUGGAAAAGCCGAUCGACGUUUUGCUAUAUGGGAGCGUCAGUCUCGAGAUAGAGAUUCAAAAGUUGAAAAUGAGAUCUCGCAAUGCAUAAAAUGCAAGGUGUAGGUGGCACAAUCAAUGUAUGUGCCUGCCUCGCGGGGAUGGCAAGUGAGACCGAUUGUAAGCCUGUUUGGGGUAGAUGAGAUAAGUCCGCUAAAGUAGGAGCAUGACAGAUGAGCCAGACUUCUUUCUCCAAACAGCGCGACAGACUGGAUUUAGCUUGCGGCGCUUAAGAAUUGGGCGGGGCCAAGCUGGUCAUGUCGGACGGUUUUAUUACGCAUGCCAAGCCAACACUUCAAGUUUGUCGAUUUCGAACCUGACGCAUCCAUUUGCUGUCCGCCUCCUUUAUUGUCGAAGAGGACGGCGUUGCUAACACUGCAGCUGCUAACCAGGCGGAUGGUACUAGUACCUCUUCAGCACGACCUCCUGCGUGUGAAAAAACGACUCAUGACGGAGGGCCAGGGCGGACGUCAAAAAAACGCUCGUCGACUUCUCAUCCAAUUCUGUAUGAAGCAAAGCCAACGCAGCGGGCGUCCGUGCGAGGACCCCCGGGCGUGAAGAUAUCGCCCAACGCAAAAACGUUUUUACGACACCUUUUGCAAAAGAGACCCAAAGACAGGCUGGGUGCGCGACGGACCUCCGAUAUCCGUGCAGAUGCGUUUUUCGGGGACCUCGACUGGAACUGGAUUUCUGAGAAAGAAAAAUACAUUCCCGUCCCAAUGCUCGCAAAACUACUCGAGCAUGAGCGAUCAACCGGCGACGUUCAGGUAAAUUUUGAAAACAUGAGGAAGGAAGGAGCAGGAGCAGGUCGGGGAGGACAGCACCUGGCUCAUGGAACAUCACAUGAUGAUGAGCAUCACUCACACUGUAGUGAUCAUCGUACAGCCGCGAACCUUGACAUUUUUCGUGACUGUGCUGCUAUGCGCGAACGAUGCGAUCAUGAGCAGGAGGACACGGGUCACGAGGUGCACCGAGUUGUGCGCGGCUGGGAAUACACCCGUCCGAAGCGCCGGGAAGCAGCGCUGGGCCUUUGUAUGUAUAAUUGAUAAAUGCCAAUAAAGACAAACUACGUACACGACGAGCUGCACUAGAAAGUGAAAGGUUCCAAAUCGGAGUUGUGCGCAUGACCAACGACUUGACGCAAACCCAAUAGAUCACUUGUGCUCGUCGUAGUGUUCGUGUUGUGCAGCAUCGUGACUGCCCGGCAGAACAAGG